AAAUCAAUAAGGAUGUUUAAGUGCUGGUCAGCUGCUGUUUUGAUUCUUGGAUUCAUUUUUCUGAAGUCAGAAGGAAGACCCGUGAAAGAAGCAGGAUAUGGCCUUAAGUCCUAUCAGCCACUAAUGAGAUUGAGACAUAAGGAAAAAAGUCAAGAAAGUCCAAGAAUAGAAGAAUUUCUUAUUCAGGAUGGCUUUUUUGGAUCUUGUGAAAACAAGUAUUGUGGCUUGGGAAGAUACUGUGUAAUCAACAGAGAGACAGGCCAUGUAGAAUGUGCCUGUAUGGAUCAUUGCAAACGGCAUUAUAAACCUGUGUGUGGGUCUGAUGGAGAAUUCUAUGCAAACCACUGUGAAGUACACAGAGCAGCGUGUCUGAAAAAGCAAAAGAUAACCAUUGUUCACAAUGAAGACUGCUUCUUUAAAGGAGAAAACUGCAAGACCACAGAAUACAACAAGAUGAAAAGCAUGCUUCUGGAUUUACAAAACCAGAAGAGCAUCAUACAAGAUAAUAAAAAUCCUAAGAGUGAUAAUGUAUCACAGAAGAUUUUGGUGGAUCAAAUGUUUAAAUAUUUUGAUGCAGAUAGUAAUGGAUUUAUAGAUAGUAAUGAACUAACUCAGAUGAUAAAGCAGGAAGAAAUAGGCAAGGAUCUUUCUGAAUGCACCCUGUAUGAUCUACUGAAGUAUGAUGAUUUCAAUACUGACAAGCACCUGGCACUUGAAGAAUUUUACAGAGCAUUCCAGGUGAUCCAGUUGAUUCUGCCUGAAGAUCAAAGAUUAAGCAUUACUGCCACUACUGUGGGACAGAGUGCUGUUCUUAGCUGUGCUAUUCAGGGAGCAUUGAGACCUCCCAUCAUCUGGAAGAGAAACAAUAUUAUCCUAAAUAAUUUAGAUUUGGAAGACAUCAAUGACUUUGGAGAUGAUGGAUCUUUGUAUAUUACAAAAGUUACUACUACUCACAUGGGCAAUUACACCUGCUAUGCAGAUGGGUAUGAACACAUCUACCAGACUCACAUCUUCCAAGUGAAUGUUCCUCCAGUCAUCCGGGUAUAUCCUGAGAGUCAGACCCGAGAGCCAGGAGUCACCGCAAGCCUUCGGUGCCAUGCAGAGGGUAUACCCAACCCUCAGCUUGGCUGGCUGAAGAAUGGAAUUGAUAUUACACCAAAACUAUCCAAACAACUCACAGUUCAAGCAAAUGGCAGUGAGGUUCAUAUUAGCAAUGUGCGCUAUGAAGAUACAGGAGCAUAUACAUGUAUUGCCAAGAAUGAAGCAGGAGUAGAUGAGGACAUCUCUUCCCUUUUCGUGGAAGAUUCUGCAAGGAAGACCUUAGCUAACAUACUAUGGAGAGAAGAAGGUCUUGGAAUUGGGAACAUGUUCUAUGUUUUUUAUGAAGAUGGAAUCAAAGUGAUACAACCCGUAGAAUGUGAAUUUCAAAGGCACAUUAAGCCUAGUGAAAAGCUCCUUGGAUUUCAAGAUGAAGUGUGUCCCAAACUGGAGAAUGAUGAGGUUCCAAGGUGUGUGUGGGCCUCAGCUGUUAACAUCAAAGACAAGUUCAUUUAUGUUGCUCAGCCAACUUUGGACAGAGUCCUGAUUGUUGAUGUACAGUCCCAGAAAGUAGUUCAGGCUGUGAGCACAGAUCCAGUCCCAGUGAAACUACACUAUGACAAAUCACAUGACCAGGUGUGGGUGCUAAGCUGGGGCACUAUGGAAAAGACUUCACCCACACUACAGGUAAUCACCCUGGCCAGUGAGAACGUGCCUCACCACACCAUCCACACCCAGCCAGUUGGAAAGCAAUUUGACAGAGUGGAUGACUUUUUCAUUCCCACCACAUCACUCAUUAUAACACACAUAAGGUUUGGAUUUAUUCUUCACAAGGAUGAAGCUACAUUACAAAAAAUUGACCUGGAAACCAUGUCAUACAUCAAGACAAUUGACCUGAAGGCAUACACUUGUGUCCCACAGUCGCUGGCCUAUACCCACUUGGGAGGGCUCUACUUCAUUGGCUGCAAACCUUUCAGUUCUGGAGUAAGUUCCCGACAGCUAGUGGUGGAUGGUGUGACAGACUCUGUCAUUGGGUUCAACAAUGAUGUGACAGGCACUCCCUAUGUGUCUCCAGAUGGUCACUAUCUUGUCAGCGUUAGCAACACAGAAGGGCUGGUGUGGGUGCAGUACAUCACUAUCAGAGGAGAGGUCCAAGAGGCCUUUGCCAUCCACACAAACCUGCACAUUUCUGACAUAGCCUUUCAGCCAUCCUUCACAGAAGCACACCAGUACAAUGUCUAUUGCAGCUCAAGCUACCAAACAGAUGCACUCUUCGCAGAGCUCUCCUCAGGGAAGGUCAAGAUGAUCAAGAGCCUGAAGGAGCCACUCAAGGCAGAAGAAUGGCCCUGGAGCUGGAAGAACAGACAAAUCCAAGGCAGUGGCCUGUUUGGUCAGUACCUGAUGACACCUUCCAAGGACUCUCUCUUCAUUCUAGAUGGAAGACUUAACAAGUUAAACUGUGAGAUCACUGAUGUGGAAAAAGGCAACACUGUUGUGUGGGUUGGAGAUGCUUAA